AUGCCCUUUUGUACCCAACUAGUGAUACGGCUCAGAAAGCAAAAUUAUCUAUGCAGCACUCGUGUCCAUACCAAAAGAAAUCCACCACUAGCAGAGCCAGCUUCUCAAGACUGGCUGCAUUACCUUGCCCUUGCCUAUAAUAAAAAAAUUUUAAAUAAAAAACUUAAGCAUAUAUGAGCAAGAAAAAUUGUUUUGCUUGCUCAGGGAGGGCAGUAA